GGUGUCUGAGGAGGGUGUCGGACCCCGCCACCUUUCGACCCCAGCAGCGCCUUUUAAUCUGACGGAGGAAUGAGAGGCAUUCUUCAGCUGCUCUGCUCGCAGGAGGAGGAAGGAGAGGUGGGAGGGGAAGUAGCGACGUAGUAGCGACCCAGUCAGUCAGUCAGUCAGUCAGCGAAGUUUUCCAGCGACUCAAGCUACCGCGCUCUGAAACUUUCUGUCCCCCCCUCCGACAUGAGCUCACUCGGCAGCGGCUGCAGGCGGGAUUUACGCGGCGUUCGGCGGCCGUGAUCGCGGGGUGGAUCUCGGGGAGGGGGCGCGCUCGGUGCUCCGGAGAAGCUCAAUAUGGGUCAAACCGCCGUGUCCGCCGUGUCUCAGCCUGCGAGCGUUGAUGGGUUGGAGAAAUCGUCAUCACUGGCCAGCUGUGAUGUCGUGGUUGACAGUGCCACCAAUACCCAGAAUGCCCAUGCGUCACGGCAGCAGCGAGGCAAGCUGUCGUCUCUAGGAAAACUUUUCAAACCCUGGAAGUGGAGGAAGAAGAAGACCAGCGACAAGUUCCAAGAUCUCUCCAAAGUUCUAGAGAGAAAGAUUUCCACCAGACAAACGAGGGAGGAGCUCAUCAAGAAAGGAGUUCUCAUCGUUGACCAAGAUGAAACUAUCAGCAGUGAAAAUCUGAACGGCCAUGCGACAUCUAGUGUAACAUCAGAGGAGGUCAAAGUUCACAUCGAGUCUCCAGAAACACCGCAGGAGGAACAGGCCACUGCUCCCGUCAACACAGAGGACAAAACAGAGAGGUCUGAUACUAAACCUCUUGCCCGAGGGAACCAGGUGAGACCUCGAGACGCUCAAGCUAAAAAACAGCAGAGUGCCACUCUGCCCGCCUCUUCCAAAACUGCGGGUGGCACUGCACCCACAACCAGGCACAGAGAAGGUGCCUCUGGAACUAAAAAGACAGCUAAAACCACAGGCAAGACAGGCUCAUCCACUCAAACUAAAACGUAUGCGCGGAGCACUAACACCAUUAGUCGCGGGGCUGCUAAAUCCUCCCAUCCAAAGAAGACAGGAGGCCAACCAAAAAACGCUUCUGCCUCCACCUCCACCUCCACCCCUCGUUCCCGUGUGUCUAAGGACGGGAGCGGUGCAGCACAGAAUGGUGGAACAGAAACAAGGACCAACCGGAAAUCAGACACUCCCAACUCUUCCUCAGUGCCUCAGAAGGCCUCCGCAGAGACUCCUAGUCAACAUGGGGAGUUAAAAUCUUUGACCCUUUCCUCUGACGCCAAGUCUUCCUCAUCAAAAGAGACAGAGGGAAGUAAAGAUGGUUCUCAACCUGCUGCGAGUCCUAAAUGUGCUCCCAAGGCCAUGGCUGAAGGUGAGGAGGCCGAUGAUGAUCUGGCUCCUAAACCUACAGUCCAGUCUCCCCAUGUCAACACUGCUACAGAGGACACUUCCUUCACAGAGAGUGAGAAGGACAGCAGCUCCAAGGGGGACAAACUGGAAAAAGCAGGAGGGGAGGAUGGAGAAGACGAAAAGAAGAACGGAGAACCGGAGUCUGCUGAGGAGAACAGCCCGAGGUCAGCAGAGAACCAAGCACAAAAGCCUCAAGGCCUCAGUGUGAACACAGAGCAGGCAGAGGUGACGGUGAUCCCGGAUAGGCCGAGAUACAGCCAGGCGAGUGACUCUGACUCUGACGGACCAAUCCUUUACCGCGAUGAGACGGAUGAGGAUGAAGAUGACGAGUACACAAACAGCGCUCUGGCCAUUAAGAUCCGCCGACGAGAUACCCUGAACAUCAAGCUUGGGAACCGACCCAGCAAGAGAGAGCUGGAGGAGAAAAACAUUCUGCCACGGAGCUCCUUGACAGAGAGGCAUGAGCUUCGCCAGCAGAUAGGCAGCAAACUAGUCAGGCGCCUGAGCCAAAGACCCACCACAGAGGAGCUGGAGCAGAGAAACAUCCUCAAGCAAAAGAAUGAAGCCGAGGAGCAAGAAGCCAAGCAAGAGAUUAAAAGGAGACUUUCCAGAAAGCUGAGUGUGAGGCCUACAGUGGCAGAGCUCGUCGCGCGCAGGAUCCUGCGGUUUAAUGAGUACGUGGAGGUAACAGACGCCAAGGAUUACGACCGGCGGGCAGACAAACCCUGGACACGGCUUACUCCCGCUGACAAGGCUGCUAUCCGUAAGGAGCUGAACGAGUUUAAGAGCCGCGAGAUGGAGGUUCAUGAAGAAAGCAAACAGUUCACCAGAUUCCAUCGGCCCUGAGUGCUCUCACUGCCAGCUGGACGUCGGCACCGCUCCGCUCCACAGCUCCCAGCAGUCUCCCGGCCCUCCCUCCAGACCCCUCAGUACACAGCUCGGUCCACUUUGCUCUUGCACCUGAUGAUAUGUAUUUCUGUCUACAGUGGCAGCGUCGGGUGUGUCUUAAGGCCUCGGCCCGUCAAUGGACACCAGUGAAACAUUUGCACAUAUCUUUAGUCAGAACAGUGAUGUGUAAAGCGCUCUGAUUAGAACCAUUUAUUUAUUGUAGAUGGCCAGAACCUGCUGGUAUGUGAUGUUUUUGUUUGUUUGUUCAGUUUACUUCUGGCUCCAGGGAGGAAAACUGGGGGCAAAAUUACCCAAUGCAGGAGUGAAUGUGGCUCAGUGGUACUAAAGAGUUGCCAGGAAUGCCUUGUCAUAAGCUGUCAAAUGGCCAUAUAUGGGCAUCCUCCCUGUACCGGAAGCGGGGGGUGAUUGGAUGUUUCCGUGCUGAUGUCAGUGUCCAUGUCAUAGAUCAGAGAGGGAGGAGAGCCAAUUUGUUCUGCUCUGAUGUGCCUCUUGGAGCUGAAUCUGAAAUACUGCAGUUCAUUUUUAGACAUAUUUAACGUAUAUUGCCACUAGAGGGCAUUAUAUCAUAAGAGUUAUAGAAUAUAAGGACAUGUAUGUAGAUAAAGAAUAGCCUGUGAGUGUUGUAUUUAUGACUGCUGAGGGUUCGGUGCAGUGAAGUGCAAUGAAUAUCACUCCAAAGUUCAAGCCAAUUUGAAUCCCUCAACACUCCUCCGGGUGCUACACGGUGACCACGUAUCAUCAUUCACCCUGUUGUUGAGCGCAAACCUCUGAUCGUAAAGUGCUGGACUCAGUCUUUGGAGGGUUUUGACUUCAGCUUUUCAUUUUUAGGUUUUUUUGGGCUGGUGCUCUUGAGUGACUUAGUGCCAAAGAAAAAGCAGGAAUUUGAUUGUAUGUUGGUUUCCUUCUUUGUGAGUUUCAAUGCUUCACUUUUCUUGACUUCAUACAGUGGUGUUAUGAUUGACAACAGGCACUGGAAUGUUCACCACUGAAGCAAUCAGCUGGCCACUUGGAGAAUCAGAGAUGUACUUAAUAAAGAAUUUAAUCUGACAGCCUUUGAUAGAAACAUAAGGUCAGACUUGCAGACAAGUGGCCCUUUCACAUCUUAAUAUGCACCGUGAAUCCAGGUCUGUUUUUAACCAACAGAUUUUGAUUUCUCUUCUCCUGGCGACCAGUUUUAAAGGAAUUGUUCAAAUUUUUGGCAGCACACCAGAACAAUUAGUCGAUUCAUUGAUUAAAUGGUAAACAGAAAAUUGACACGAAACUUUUCCAAAAUCGAUCUUCUCAUUUAACUCCUGGCAAAUAAUAUGUUAAAGGGUCUCCUAAAAUGUCAAACUGUUCCUUUAAUAUCACAUGUAAGUGGCUAAAACAUAGCUGCUAUAAAAAUGUAAGCGAUUCCUUUUCUUCCUGGCACAUUUGGACUAUGAAGGAGGCUCGUGUCCUCACUGUAGAUCUCCGACUCUCACGACACACUGAGAAGGACAGAUUUAUUCCCUCCUGCUACUGAAAUGUGCAGAGGUCAUGACAGGAAGUGAUGUACAGUGAUGGAAAACAACCAACAGUAUUCAAUGAUGUCAAUGUGUAUGUUGUUAAAUAUUGACUAUUUUGUACAGAAUGUAUAUCGAGCAUGUGCAUACGUUGAAAUCAAUUUUACUACCAAUAUGAUGAUACAAUAGAAUUUUGAUGUGAAUGUUUUAAGCUCUGAUUUUAGUUUUUCUUUUAUGAUCCCCAUAUGAUGAUAAGGAAAUGAAAUGUUCAGCAUAUCAAACGCAGUUAAAAAACUGUCAUGUCUUCUUUAUCAAGCCUGUUUCCAAACAGACUGUGGACACAGACAGUGUAGGCAGAGAGAACUCUCUGUGGUUGUUUCAAGUUCUGUUCCUCCUUCAGUUUCACUGAUGUCACCAGGUGUUUCAUGGAUGGUGACUCAGUUUAGAACCAACGUAUAAACCUCUCUGGACCUCCGUUUAGAUUAUUGUUCUUCACGUGACCAGAGUUCAACCUGUACAGAACAGAACAACCCGACAGGAUGCAACUUUGGCAGGAACAUAAUAAAUAUGCUCAAAUUUAAACUACACUGGUUUAGGAAUAAUGCAUAUUAUCUUCUUCUAUUAAUGUGAACAUUGUACAACAAAACAGCAGAUGAAAAAACUGCUAUAAAGGACCAGAAAGAUCUUUUUAUUUUAGAUACUCGAAACAGAAGUCCCAACAUUUCUGAGUAAACAUCAAUAUGCUGCUAUCAUUUCUUUAAAAAAAAAGACUGAAUUAAACCAAAUAAAUUAUAACUGGUAACAUGUAUGUUAAAGGUGCUCUAUAUAACAAUUAGCCACCUGCCAAAUUUACUCCAGGCAACAGUCAUUCUCUGACUCUGCCCGGACUCAGAGCACCAGGAGAGUGUUGGUGUUCUUGACUUUGAGAUUUAUCAUUUCUUCAGGAACAAAGUGGCUAGGGGCUAGCUGGUUAGCAUGCUAACUUCAACAGACGUCUCUGCAACCCCUUACAUAGAUUUCUUUUACGUCAAAGCUGUUAUUUAUUCACAUUCUGUUUUUUGAAAAUCAUUUUUGAAUGUUUUUAAAUGAAGUUCUUACAUAUUGCGCCUUUAAACUCGCCCAAUUAGCAUUUAUAAGCAGUAUACUAGUCACUUGGUAAAUGGUUAUGUACAGUUGUUGAUUUUUAUAGAUAGAUAGAUAGAUAGAUAGAUAGAUAGAUAGAUAGAUAGAUAGAUAGAUAGAUUAGAUUAGAUUAGAUUAGAUUAGAUUAGAUUAGAUUAGAUUAGAUGGACAGAAACAACACGACAGAUGAAUGAUGGUGUGAGAGGUGGAUGUGUAAAUAAGCAACAGAGAUUAUAGUGUCUUGUCUCCACUGCCCCCAAGUGGCUGAAAGAAAUUAGCUACUGUGUUAAGAUGUGUUUGUUUCUCCCUUUUAACUUCUUAUCUGAGGCAUCCACAACUGUUGAGUGAACGUAAAUAUUUGAUAUAUCAAUUAAAGUAUAUUCAUAAUCGUAAUAAAUAUAAUGCCACAAGCUUUGAACACAUUUAGAAGUGGCUUUAAAAAUAAAACCUGUCUGAAUGAUUUGUACGUGUGCAAAUGGUUAAUAAAUGAUUUGUAACACUACGGGGUCAGGAAAUGUUCGUCACCCGUUAUGGAUGCACCUUAACUCAGAGAGCAUAUAAAUGUUGACAAAGUACAUAAAUACUUAAAAAAUGGUCGACAUCAGUGUGCAUUAUAAACCAUUUAUGGAAAGUUUAUAUGUUGCUUAUAAAUGCUAAACAGCGACAUUAAAGUGUUGCCUAAUGGCAAGCUUUAGAAAAAUCUCACUUGUUUGUGUAAACACGCACAAAAACGUACUCUGUAGUCCUGGUCCCCCCCCCCCCCCCCCCCCCCAAUGUCUGACUGUCACUGCUGUUGAGCGAAAAGACUUUUAACAUCAUCGAUCUCUUGUUCAUCUCGGGGAAUUCACACCAUAAACCCUCCAACUUUUUAAAUUGACUCUCCCCCGACACCACAGUGAGUUGCUCCAAACAGCACAACUGUAUGUUUUUGACACAAGAUUGAUCUUUCAAGUCAUAGGAUGACAAUGUCAUACACCCAAAAAUAAAAAAAAUAAAAAAUCAGCUACUGUUACAUCCAAACUGUGUAUAAUGUUUUUGUAUAUAAAGAAUUGUGUAAAAUCGU